CCCCAGCACGCCGCCGCCCCCGCCGCCAACGAUCGACACCAAGAGGUCCAGCAUCGUUAUGAUGAUCAACCAAGACGAGGUGGACACCAAGGGCUCAGGUGGCGUCUCCAACCCGGGCUUCGUGGAUGAUGAUGGCAGUGCCAGCGGCCGCGCCACAACGCCGACUUCAACAUCUGGUGCAGAACCACACCGACCUGCUCCACCACCACCUCAACCACAGCUGCAGCAGCUGACCAACGGUGGCUUCAAUGAGCACCACCUCAAUGGCGUAAAUGGCGGGCCAUUCCUCAACACCACUGUGCAGCAGCCACCAGGAGUCGUUGGUACUCUUACUGAGGUGCAGCUGAACAGCAUGGAACGCAGGAAAAGUGCGAAAGACAAAGAGGUGGCUGCUGAAGCUGUGAAUCUAGAGCUUGUGAAUAUGAACCCAUUUACUGGCAAUGGAGAUGCUGAUACUACAACAGCUGGUAGCCUUCCUAUCAAGAAAGAAGGAGGAGAUGACCUGCCAGACAUAGCAGCAGAGUCCUAUGCAAACGAUCCAUAUGAUGAGUACUUUGUACCUGUCAAUGAGCAUCGAAAGUACAUGAGUGCAAGGACUCCCGAAGACCCACCUCGGUCGCGAAUUACCUUCCUGCUCCCCAAGCCGGAGGUGCCCGGUUCCGGGGUGGAUCGAUCGGGCCUGUCUGUUAGCCCGCCUGUGGAAGGGGUCAUCAACUAUCGUGAAUGGAUGCAAAUGUCUGAGAGAGGUGAGAAGCUCUAUGUCACAAAAGACAAAAGGAGAUCUCAGUCAUGGAAACGUUGCAUCUGUUGGGGAAUUGCCUUUAUUUUAUUGGCCGUUGCAAUAUUAAUUGCUGUUUUAGCAGGCACUGGAGUUAUUCUUGCACAAGAAGAGCCCAUUAUUGGUGAUACAAGUGUAAGCAGUAGGCAGUUAGGUGCAACAGGGAGUAAAACAUUAGAAACAACAACUGAAGGGCAAAUAUCAUCAUCAUACACACCACCACCACUGUUCCCAAGUAUACCUGAUAAAUUGCCAACUACUGACAUGAGUGGUCUCUAUGUUCCAAGAACUCUGGAUGGGGAGCUAAAAAUAGAUGACAUGGACUUCAAACAAGAAUAUAGUGAUAAAAAUUCAGAUGAAUAUAAUAAUCUGGCAAAUCAACUUGAGGAAAAACUGUUGCAUGCUCUGUUUACUCUUCAAGAACGUGAAUAUGGAGCUGCAGAGCUUUUAGUGAAGGUCCUCAGCUUCUCUCCAGGUAGUAUUGUUGUCAAGUUCCGAAUAGGAUGGCAGUUUAAGGAUGGAAUAAAAGCAUCUCGCCCACCACUUAAAUUGACUGAAGUCCGAGAAAGACUGGAAAAACAUUUGGCCACCAAUGGAGGAACAUUAGAUCAGUUUCACAUCCCUAUGGGCUCUAUUCGAGCUAAUUAUGUUCUGGAUUCUUGCCAACUUAAUAAUGCUGGCUGCUCACACAGUUGUGUUUUUGACUACAAAAAGAAGUUGGAUUUUGAGUGUGUGUGCCCAGACACAUUAAUUUUGGAUGCUUCUGGCAAAAAUUGUGUUAAUGAAGGCACAUGGGCAAAGGAACCCUCACAUCACGUUGGAAAUACUGGAAACACUGAAGAGGAACAUGAUGUGUCUGUCUCUCAUUCACCAGAUCCAUUUCUCUCAUAUGAACCAUUACCUACAACUGAACCAUCUCCUUCAGCUGAACCAUCACCUUCACCUGAACCUUUUCCUUCAUCAGGGUCACCCUAUUUCCUUGAUCCUUCAGUUUCACCCGAACCAUCUCCUUCAACUGAGCCAUCUCCUUCGCCCGAGCCAUCUCCUUCGCCUGAGCCAUCUCCUUCGCCCGAGCCAUCUCUUUCAACCGACCCAUCUCCUUCGACCGAACCAUCUCCUUCGCCCGAACCGUCUCCUUCGACCGAACCAUCUCCUUCACCCGACCCAUCUCCUUCGCCCGACCCAUCUCCUUCGCCCGAACCAUCUCCUUCGCCCGAACCAUCUCCUUCGCCCGAACCAUCUCCUUCGCCCGAACCAUCUCCUUCGCCCGAACCAUCUCCUUCGCCCGAACCAUCUCCUUCGCCCGAACCAUCUCCUUCGCCCGAACCAUCUCCUUCACCCGAACCAUCUCCUUCACCCGAACCAACUCGUUCGCCCGAGCCAUCUCCUUCGCCCGAGCCAUCUCCUUCACCCGAGCCAUCUCCUUCACCUGAACCACUUCCUUCAUUGGUACCAUAUCCUGCAGCUGAACUAUCGCCUUCACAUGAACCAACUCCUCCACCUGAAACAACUCCUUCACCUGAACCAUCUCCUCCAUUCGAAUCCCUUCCUUCAUCAGAACCAUAUCCUGCAGCUGAACCAACUCCUGCACCUGAACCUACUCCUUCAUCAGAACCAUCUCCUUCAGCUGAACCAUCUCCCUCACUUGACACAUACUCUGAACAUUCUGCUUUGCUUGAACAUACUUAUCUUCCUGAAACAGUUUUCUCUACUGAGCUCUCCUCUUCUGGCCAACCUUAUCCUCCAAUUGAAAUGAACUCCACACCUUCAUCAUCAUCUCUGUUUCAUCCCUUUUCUACAUCUGAGCCUUCUCCUUCAUCAGACCCACUUCCUUCAUCUGGAACAUUGCCUUCAGAAUCUUCAACUCCAUCUGGACCUGUGAUGGAGGUGGAACAUGAUGUAAUUCAUCAUCAUAGAGAGACUGAACAUGACUAUUAUCCUCAUGCACAAGGUGGUAGUUGGGCUGUUAAUGAGAAUCAGGCAACAGCAAAUACAUCAGUUUUAGAACCUGAGACAAGAGAUGAGCUGGGAACAUACACAGAAGUACCUGUGUUCCAAGAUGCGCAACCAACAGUCUACCCUGAGAUGAAACCUAUAGCACAAGAACAAGACUCAGAUGUUGCAACAGAAAUAACACCAUUCUUGCAUGAGCUAUCAUAUGAUAUGGCAACAGGAAAUGCAAAUAAAACAUCAAAUGAACUACAGAAGCAUCAAGAGGCAGAACUUUCUGAGAAAUUUCAGUCAUCACUGGGAAAACAAUUUCUGGAAUCACAGCCAUUACAUGAAUCAGAACUAAUGACAAGCUCACAGUCAUCACUGUCAGCAGAUAGCUUGCCGAUCACAGAAUCAUCAGCAAUUAUGGAUCAUGCCUCUGUAAGUAUAAUUCAGGCAGUUUCUUCUAAUAAUACAGCACAUGAAUCAAGGGAAAUACCUGAAUAUCAAAUAGGAUCACAGUUUGAAUCUUCUGGAGUUACUCUAAAGGAACAUCUGUUACAAAAAAAUAAAGGGACUGAGGCAGAAUUUGAUGGUUCACAAGAAAUGACAACAAAAAUUCCUGACAUGCUUGUGGCUACAGAGCACAUUUCGGUACCAGGGAUAACUGCCAUAAAUGAAGUGCACCAAGAAGCUGAAUAUGUAACUCAACCUGCACCUGACCAGUCACUGAGAAGUAAUGAAAGUUAUGCUGAUGCUGUAAAACCUGAAGCUGAAUAUGAAAUGGAAAGAAUGAACGAAUCUGUUGGAAAAUCUCUUUCAGAUACAUACAUAAAUUCAGAUGUUAGAGCAUUCUUGCAUCAUUCUUCAACACCAUCUUCUACAAUGUCAGAGAUGACAGAAAAUACAAACCUGGAAGAUGGUCUCCACAGUGUAGAAAAUGAUGUAAGUGAUCCUAACAGAAUUUCCCCAACUGCAGAUAUUUCUAACGAAACUACUAUGUUGACACCAAGUAUUCAUGACAGCAAUGUUUUAAAUAUUUCAAAACCAGACAUACUCCAAUAUGAUACUGCAGAUUUUAACACACCUGGGGCAGAAACUGCUAAUGUAUCGCAAAAUUCAGCAUCGUAUGAUACAUCUGAUGCAUUAAUAGGCAAUACGCCACUAGAAGAUGUCACCAAAGAGAAAGAACAUGUAGAGGAUGUUACUGUGGAUGUGGAGCAUGCUGAGCACAACAUCUCCUUACAUUCUGAUAUUCAUAAUAACAUAGAAUAUCAACCAGAAGCCGAAACACACUCUAGACACUCACAUGAACAUACUGAGAAUCGAGAAAUCUCUGUAGCAGGUGGAGACAAGUCUGAUAGGGCAGAAGAUGUGAUUUAUACCACAGCUGUGCCCAUAAUGUGGAAGGAAGACCAUAUGAUUAUGGUAAAUGAAUCUCAGUUGAUAAGUCCUACUGUAAAUGAGAACAGCACAGCACAAAAUAUAAAUUACAGUAUUCAUAUAAAUAAUAAUAGUUCUAUGACAGUCCCCAACAAUGAAUUUAAUAAUCAGCUCCUUAUUUUACAAAAUAGUAGUGCGAAUCUAAGUACAGAGUCUCCAAUACUUGUUCCUCAUUAUCAUUACAUGGAAACUAUCAAUAAUUCUACUGAUAAUGAACAAAAUAUGUUCCCUGAAAUUGCUGUAAAGAAAGCAGAGCUGGAUGAUAUGGGGGAAGUCAGUACGUCUGACACAGCAACACAAAUGAAUGAAGGUAUGUUUGCAGAAAAAGGCACUGAAGAUGAAACAACAACUUCCCAAUCAUUGCUCUCAUUUAAUGAUGAUGUAAAUGCCUUACAACCUGAUUCAGUGGUGGACACACUCCAUAAAAAUGUCAGCCAGCUGGAUGAUGAAAUAAGUUUUGUUACUAACACAGGGGGACAAAAACUUGAUGAUAGCUUUCCAGAGAGUAUCUCACAUACAGAACCAACGAGAUUACAUGACAAUGAGAUAUAUGAUACAAAUGUUCAUAAUAAUGGGAAAAACAUAGUAUACAGUGAGCAGAAUGGUACUGAAUCACCAUUUUUUGAUGGAAAGGCAAACUUAGGUAUCCCUGCUGAUGAAACAAUAAAAGGUAAUUCAUCGGUCUCUGAAAAGAAAACAGGACACGCAGCAACUGAAAAUGAUCACUUCAAUGACAUCACAAAUCAAGAAAAAGUUAUGAAAGAUCAGAUUAAUGAUAAACAAAAUAUAAAUGAGAGUACUAUGCAUCCGCCAAUAUCUUCAAAUGUGGAAGGUGUUACUGGUCUUAAUAAUAUGGCUGUAACUGAAAUAAGAAAUUCAAGUAAUGUAGAAGAAACAGGAGUAUUACAUUCUGUGAAUAAUGUUGUUGGCAUCACGUAUGCUACUGAGGUUCCUGAUAAAACAGAUCCAGCUUUACAAGUAAUGGAAGUUUCACCUACUAAUGAAACAAACUCUCAUAUUUUUAAAACCACUGAUGUUCAAGAAGUUUCAGCUAUAAAUUCAGUACAGGAUGAUACUCAUAAUGUUGCUUCUCACUUGGAAGAUAGUUUACCCCCAGAAAUAGCAACAACAAUAUAUGGGUUUGAACCUGUUACAUCACCUUCAUUUAAUAUUGUUACAACAGAGGGUGAAUCACAUCAUGUAAACUCAACAGAUUCACCAGCUGAUGUUGGUACAUCACAUGAAAAUUCUGUUCUUGAUAUUGUACCUUCUUCACAAGACUGGACAGAAAAGGAGAACGUUACAUUAGCCAAAUAUGAUGAAACUGUUCCAGUCGCACUUGAUACAGAGCACAGGUCCGAUAAUGAUAAUGUCUCUAGUAUUACUAAGGAUAGUCUAAAUAUAUUAAACAUCAGUGCUCUGUUCACUGGCAACAAUGAGGGUCAUUUAGCUAAUGUGGUCACAGAUGUUGUCAUGAAUGAUCCAUUGAUUUUGAAUGAAAGCUCCAUUGCCAGUGUCACUGAAAUGAAAAAUUCAUCAGAUGCCAUAACACACCCAAUUUAUGAAGUUCAAGAAAUGGAGAAGGGAACACUUGGUCACCACAAUGCUCAAAUCUCUGGAGACAGAACUGUUGAGAACAGUACUUACAGAGCAGAUAAUCCAAAUGAAAAUCAUAUUUAUAGUGAUACUGAACCAUUAAAUCAGACUACAGUCUCUGUAGAAAGCAUGCCUGUUUUUCAUGAAAUAAAUGAAAAUGGAGACAUGUUGGGAAAACGUAAUGGUACAGAAGCUAAACAUAUUGAAAAUGACAUCAUCAAUGAUUCACUUGAGAAAACAACUGAAACUGUAAAAUCACCGCCUUUAUCUGUAGUAGCCAAUUUUGAUCCCAGCUCAUCACCAGUUCCUUCUGUAAUACCACUUAGUACAGAAGAAAGUGUAUUAAGCAACAAUGCAAAUACAACUACAGACUCUACUGAGAACAUAGGUGAUUCAAAGUUACAAAACGUCACUACAAAAUUUGAAACCCUUGAUAAUAUACCUACAGAAUACCCUCAUGUAGUUAGUUAUGAUGGUCCUAUUCCAUUUACUAAUGGCUCUGAUGUUGCUAGCAUUUUAGUAAAUCCUAUAGUUCACAAUGAGUAUGUCGAAGAAAGCCAUGAAAACAAAUUAUUGAUUGGAAUGGCUGGAGCCCCACAAGCACCCUCAGUAACCACUCAGAAUCCUGAACAUGUUCACAGCUUGGAACCAAGUGCAGAAGGGAAUAUUAUUCCACCAACAGCGCAAAGUAUUAUUGAAUUAAGUCCAAGGAUACCUGGAAAUAUGCAACAGGAGAAUAUGAAUGGAUCUACUUUAACUCAAACAAAUGUUGACAUGCCAAAAAUGACAAUGUCUGAAACUGCACCAACUGAUCUUGAUGUGGAGGGAGAAAAUAAUCCACCACUCACUAAAGAUGAAGUUAAGAAAAAAGAUUUCAAUAAUAAUGGAAAGAAAUCAGUCCUUCAGUAUCUAGAUACAGAUUCAACAGGUGAAAAUAUCCAAGAAAAACAGGUAGCAGGUCAGUUUGACAAGAAAAAUAAUGAGAAAUUGAUGAAGUUUGACAAAGAAGGUAGCAAGAAAGUUGAAAAGAAUUUGCUGAUGUCAGUGUUAAAUGAUACUAAAGAAGCAGGAGGAAUAGCGGCACAAGUGGACCACAUACCUGACACUACAAUUCUUCCACAUGUUAUAGAGCUGAAGCAUUCAACUGAAAAUGAGUCUUCUCCAAUGGCAGAAGGGAGAAUUUUGGGAGAUAACCCAUCAGAGACAAUGACAAUGACACUGCCAUCAGUAGACCAUGUUUCACCAAUAAGUGAAAUGACUCCCAUUGUGGUUUCUCAUACACCAGAACCACAGAUCCCUCAGAAUGAGAGCAAUGUUGGCAUUUCAAAAUCUGAAGAUGAAACAAAUGUUGUUGACAAUGAAGAAAAUAAACCAAAAAUUGCAGGAAAUGUUUAUGUAGAGGAGAAAUCUUACAAAAUAUUGAAAGAUGAUUUGAAAGGUCCAGAGAUGAUUGGUAGUAAAAGUGAGGAAACAAUUAAUGGCAGUAAUGAAAGUGCAACCCUUGUGAGUAAUACAUCUCAGUAUCAUUCAGUUUCUUCUGUGCAAAACUACAGUGCAAUUGAAGGCAUGGAAGAUAUGAAAACUGAAAUUCUACAGAAUUUUGAUGAAAAUGUUGUUCCAAAGGAAGGUUCACUGGUUUCAGAAGGUACACAGGUAACAGAAAUGCCUCCUACUCUUAACAACAGUGGCAUCUCUCAAGAUAAUGUUACAGAAUAUGCAAUCAGUUAUAAAAUAUCUAAGUCACCAUUAGCAACAGAAAACAAAGUUCCAUUAGAUAUGCCAUUUAGCAAGACUGAAAAUCCCAUUACAGAGACUGAAGAAAAGACUGGAAACAUAAACAUUGUGGCAGAUGUAAUAAACUCUGAUAAUUCCUCAAUACAACUAAAUUCCUCAGGAAGUUCACAUAUUUCUACAAUGAAGAUUGAAGAAAUAACUGGGAAUAUGCACCUAAGUGGACAGCCUGUAAUUGAAGCUACUAGUGAAAUGGUAUUCAAAAAUCCUGUAAAUAUCUCUCAGGAUAGAGAAGGCUUGUUCUUCUCAAGUAAUGAAGCCAGAGAAGUGUUACCUCCAGAACUGAAUGAAGCAAAACCUUAUUCAUCCACAAUACUUCCUGAAAUAUUCAUAACACCUUAUCCAGUUACAGUGCAGGACUCAUCUAAACAAUCAACCAGUAGUACCUUGAAUGAUUUUGGAGGAAUAACUGUUAACACAACAAACAGUAACAAAGCUAUUGAUGACUCUGAUGAAAACGCAAGGGAAAAUGAAGCAGCAGAAGAUGAAGCUGUCCAACCUCUCACUGUGCCUGCAGCUGAAAAGCUGCCCAUGUUUUUCUCAAAGUGUGCAGCAGGUCAGUUCCAGUGCACUAAUGGUACAACAAGGGAAGGUGCCUAUUGCAUUAGUUUGUCAGCAAAAUGUGACUCUAUACAUGACUGCUCUGAUGCAUCAGAUGAAGAUGGAUGUAUUGAAGAAGGUUGCCCAGGAAAUUUCCAGUGCACAAGUGGUCAGUGUCUCAAGCGGCAUUUGGUGUGUAAUGGUAUCAUUGACUGCAAUGAUGGCAGUGAUGAAAAAGAGUGUGAUAAAUGGCAGUGUAAAUCAGAUGAAUUUCAAUGCCCAUCUGGAAGGUGCAUCCCUGUUCUGUGGCAGUGUGAUGGAAAACCAGAUUGUCACAACCAUACUGAUGAAUUUAGCUGCCCAACAUCUUGUGGAAAUCAUGAGUAUCAGUGCCCUGAAGGAUGGUGUAUACCAAUGACUUGGAGAUGCAAUGGUGUCCCAGAAUGUACAAAUGGAGAAGAUGAAAAACUCUGUGACUGUACAGUGGAUCAGUUUCAGUGCAACACAGGUGGUUGUGUAGCAGUGUCUCAAGUAUGUGAUGGUGUGGAGGACUGCCCAGACAACAGUGAUGAAUGGGACUGUAUACGACUUAAAAAUGGUACAAUGACAUUGGAAAUAAGGUCCUCUGAUAAUGUCUGGCAUCCAGUAUGUGCUGACAAUUGGAGUAAUGAUUGGAGUAAUCUAGCUUGUCAGAAUCUUGGAUAUAGCAAAGCUGAAUUCACAGAGACCCUUCCUAACUUGUACAAUACAUCCAAGUCUAACAUCAGUUAUUAUACAUUAACAGGCAGAGACACCAGAUCAAAACUGACAGUUGCUUUGCAGUCAACAAAUGACCAAAUGCCAUGUGCAUCGAACAGCAUUCUGGAGAUAUCAUGUGCAGAAUUUACUUGUGGCAGUCAUGGCCAAGCAGAAGGAAUUGCUGCUCGUCUGGUUGGAGGAGAUGGAGCAACAAAUGGCCAAUGGCCCUCAGUAGCACUCUUGUUCCAUGCUAAAUUGAGGACUAGCUGCACGGCCACAAUUAUUAGCCCUAAAUGGCUUAUCUCAUCUUACAACUGCAUCCAUAUGAGGGACAAAGAUAUGAAGCCUGAUAACUGGGCUGCAUUUGCUGGUGGUUCAAUGUUUGACAAUGAAAAGCCAGACACACAGAUUCGAGAAGUUCUUUCCAUAGUGGCCCACCCACAAGUAAAAUUUAACCAAUUUUUGUACAAUAAUGAUAUUGCUCUUGUGGAGCUCUCAAAGCCACUGUUGUUUACAAGAUAUGUAGGAGCUGCCUGUCUACCUGCCAAGGAGAUUGAACCUCGGCAACUUUGUGUCACAGCAGGAUGGGGUUAUACAUCACCUGGUGUAAUAAAUAUUACCCAGUACUUGCACUAUCUACCAGUGCCAACAAUAGAUCUGAAGGAAUGUAAUUCUACAAAACAUUAUGCUGGAUUCAUCACUGAGAAUGAAAUUUGUGCAGGGUUCACAGAUGCUGAAAAGUCUCCUUGUUAUAAUGAUGAGGGUGCUCCUCUUAUGUGCAUAAGUGAAGAAGGCCUAUGGGAACUCCAGGGAGUACUUAGCUACCAUAGCAACUGUGGUAGAGGAUACCAUCCCUCAAUAUUUAGUUCUAUCACCUCAGUCCGAGGAUGGGUUGAGAAAACAGUUGGUAGCAGAUUUGAACAAAAGUCAACAUUUAAUGUGAGGUAGAAGCUACCUGCCUGUUUACACAGGACUGUGGAACAGAUAUUUUUCCCACUGACGUUUUAUUGUUAGUACGGGUGCUUUAUGUACUUACUGUGACUGAAUGUACAUUGGACACUGUUGUUCCAAAUCAACUUGUGGAAAGUGUGAUAUAAAGUGUACAGUUGUCGUACACUGUUUAAGUGUGCAAUAUGUGACUGACAUAUUAAGUGCAAUGGAGACAUACACUGAAUAAUACAAGACUGAUGAUGCAAAAGACAUUUUCCUAUGUAUAGUCAUUUUGUUGCUUGUGUAUACUUGACAUAGUGAAAACAACUGAAGAACAUUAGCAAGGAAAGUGUUUGAAGUUCCAAAGUGAUAGUACGCAUUGUGUGUGAAAUGUGUAUAGAUGUCGUUUUUGAGGGGAAAAAGACAUACAAAGUGCGAAAUCACAACUGUCUGUACAUAACUGAAACUUGUUGUUGUAGCUACUGCGAACUACUGUUUCUACAUUUAAAAACAGAGAAAAAAAAGACAGCUGUGAAUCUUCUUGAAUGUAUCAAAUGUACAGUCCAUAUCUAUAUGUAUAUCCAGAUUCUACAAACUUAAGAAAAUGGCUUGUAUGAUUAUACAGUAAGAAAGGAUCUUGUGUGUGUGUGUGUGUGUGUGUGUGUGUGUGUGAGAGAGAGAGAGAGAGAGAGAGAGAGAGAGAGAGAGAGAGAGAGAGAUCAGAAUUUUGUGGUUCUUAGCUCUUGUGCAGAGAUUUGCUCAUAUGUUCGCUGUAUUAGAAAUUUGUGCCUUGAAAUGUAAAUAAUGUAAUUAUGUUUUAUAGAAUGUAAAUUAAUGAAAUAUAUUAAGCUAUAUAUAAUGUACUGUUUUGAAUAUAUUCUUUGUAAUUGCCAGAA